UCAGAAGUCUCUCCACCAAUGUCAGCGACUCACAACAUGUGGACAAUCACAAGCACACUCCUGCUAACAUGCUGCCUCCAGGCAGCUCUCGCUCAAACCCAGGGUCACGAUGAUGAUGAACCAGGAGGCAGGAGGAACGUUUGGAAAGAUGUGAUUGAGUUUCUUACCAGAGGCACCAAAGAUGAAUGCUACAUGAGCGUGAUAGGACAAAGAGAUCUGACUAAGCUCCGCAUCACUUGCCAGGGCCUGGAACAUUCGUACUGGUGUGAGUACCAGGGCAAGCCUCAUGUCUGCCGCUCUUACAAAAAAAAUCCAGUACAUUAUUACAAGCAGAUCAUGUGGGACCUCCGCAAGUUACAGAAUGCUUGCCAAGGCCGACGCGUCAUAAAGCCUCAGAUGUGCAAGAGAGCAUCCGACGAGGCUCAGAUGGUCUUCAGAUCUGAAUCUUCAACAGCCCCUGUCACAACCCAGACAAUGAGACCACAACAAAGACGACAAGAGCAGAGGCCAAAGCCUACUAGACCACAAUUAAAAACACAAUCAGGCGAAGCUGCUCAGGACAAACCGAAUCAACCCAAUGCUCUCAAAUCCACCAUUCAGAGGGAAAUUAUUACACCUACACCUACACCAACUGUGCCACAACCAACCACACAGGUACCCAUGAGUGAGGCCAAGAAACUUGCUCAGGACUACUGCUGGCGCUCUUUUCAUGGUGUGUGUUCCUGGGUCAUAGGGUGGUUCAGACACUAAGGACAAGUCACUCACAUUUCCGCAGACAACAAACCAUGAAGGUUUCGGACUGACAGAGACAAAUGGAGGUGUGUGUUAAGACAGGGAUUUGGAAAAACCUUUCUCUACAAUAUAUUCUUAUGUAUUUCAAAUGUAAAUACUCUAAUAUACAAUGUAUCAGAAUAGACGAGAUUGCACAGCUAGUUAGCAAUGAAUUUAGCUGUUGAGCAUAAUGCUGCUAACUGUUGUUUUCCAAUCCAUAAUCUACAUGAUGAGGAGCUUCCUCUUAUCAAGUGAACUGAAUACUAUAUGUGUAUUAAAGAGUUCACCCAAAAAUGAAAUUUCUGUCAUUAAGUACUCACUCUCAUGUCGUUCCACACCCGUAAGACCUUCGUUCAUCUUCGGAACACAAAUUAAGAUAGUUUUGAUAAAAUCCGAGGGUAUCUGAUCCACACACAGGCAGCAACGUCAUUACACCUUUUGAUGUCCAGAAAAGUAGUUAAAAACAUUUAACAUUGUUAAAAUAGUCAACGUGACUACAGUUACUUUAAUGUUAUGAAGCAACGAGAAUAUUUGUGUUCUGAAGAUGAACAACAUGAGGGUGAGUAGGAGAGCGCGGGGCACAAACUAACGCGGGGUUAGUUGUAACACGCAUGGUUUAAAUAUUUCCACACACGCUAGCAUGAAGAAACUUAGCAUAUUUACUAGUUGCCAUAUCGACAAUAUAUAGAGAAAAAAUUGCGCCAAAAUUCAGAAAUAUUUGAAAGAGAUCACGGAACAUUUAUUUACUAAUAGCAAAAGUCAAUUUCUUACUUAAGCUAAUUUUUCAUCUAUAUUUUUUUUUUUUGUUUGUUUAUUUAAAAAUAGACAAAUCUGAUAUUAUUUUAAACUCCAAUCUCUUGUUUAGCAGUUUGGGUAGUUCUUUAAUGCUUCACUAACUAUCAGAAGACACUAACCAGGUUUAAAGUCCAGUUGCGUUGUAACACUGCGUUACAAUGUGCCCCGCUAUUAGAACUAUACUAUUCUAUACAGUUACUAUACAACUGGCAUAAUCAACUUUUAUGAAUGUCUGUUGAGAAACCAUGGAAAAAAGGUGAAUAAAGACUGAGAGGAAGAACCUGAACAUUCAGAAAAUAUUAUUUCAAGAAAUGUACAGCAUUUGUACUGUCUCGUCUAUUUGUCUCAUGUUCUGUGAGAGUGUUGUCAAACCACAAAAUUAUUUAAAUUUGAAUUUCUAAAAAAAAAUGCCAAUAUUUUAUAUUAAAAAAAUAAUAAUUGUCUUUUAUUGACAAAAUAUUUUAGUUUGUCAUGUAUAUUAUUUUAAUUAAAUCAGAUAACAUUUUUAGCUGUCAUAUGGUCAUUUUUACAACGUGCCCCACCUAUGGGGCAUGUUGUCACAUUUCCCUUCCCUUCUUUCGGGGUAAAUAAAGAAAAAAGUAUACACUGUAUUAAUGAAACAAAGCCACAUAUUUCUACCAGACACGUGUGAAAUUAAUGUGGAACAAAAGGAGUUCUCUGAACCCUAAGUAGCCUACAUUUACACAAACUGAGAAAGUCAAAAAGCGUUAGGUUGUGCCCCGCUCUCCCCUACUUAAUGACAGAAAUUUCACUUUUGGGUGAACUAACCCAUUAAUCCUUGCAAUGUUAUGUAUUUAUGAGUGCUGACCAAUUACGGGUCAGCGUUUUACUUUACUUCGUUUUAAUAUAUCAGUGAAAACUCAUAAUGUAUAUGGAUAUGUCUCUGUCUACUGCAUUUUUAUAGUGAUGUAGGUAAUACUCAAGUGUAUAAAUGAUUUUGUGUAUGUUUUGAAUAAAUUUUGGCUCUUUA